CAAAAAUUUAAGAUAAAUUUGGAUUUUCUACUUUUUCUGGGUCUCUGUCAAAAUUCUCAAUACUGACAAGAAAUAGGUCAAGUGUGAAAAAUAAGAAAGAGCUGUGGGUUCAGACAUGAGAAGCAUGUGUGAACCUUGUUGGAUCAGAAAAGAAGACACUUUCUUCUUGUCUUGUUACCUUUUUCAUCUGUUUCUGGAUUAGUCUUUCUUCUCAAGAGAGAGAGAGUGUUAAAAGUCUUCUUGUUUGUAGGGGUGUUGACAAAGAAAUAGCUUUUUUUUCCCUACUUUUUUUAAUCUAAAAGUUCAGCUUUUAGCUUAAUCUGAUUUAAAGGGUCAAAAAAGUCAAAGCUUGUGUGGAAUCAAAAACUGAAAAGUUCAUUGCAAAGAAACAUGGAGGGUCGGGGUGAGAUCGGUCUUACGGGUGAUGGUUUAGAGACUAGUAUGAUUGGGAGAAUGAGGGAUGAUGAGUAUGAAAGCCGGUCCGGAAGUGAUAACUUCGAACUUGAAGGAAUAUCCGGUGAUGAACAAGAUGGCGGUGAUGAUCAGCGCAAGAGGAAGAAGAGAUACCACAGACAUACUCCUAAUCAAAUUCAAGAGCUUGAAAGUUUCUUCAAGGAGUGUCCUCAUCCCGAUGAAAAACAACGGUUGGAUCUUAGUAGGAGACUUGGCUUGGAAAAUAAACAAGUCAAGUUCUGGUUUCAGAAUCGCCGAACCCAAAUGAAGACUCAACUUGAAAGACACGAGAACAUAAUGCUUAGGCAGGAAAAUGACAAGCUAAGAGGGGAGAAUAGUAUAAUGAAAGAUGCAAUGGUAAAUCCUAUAUGUAACAACUGUGGUGGACCUGCAAUUCCCGGCCAGAUUUUGUUUGAAGAGCACCAGAUUAGAAUCGAAAAUGCCCGUCUAAAGGAUGAAUUGAAUCGUAUAUGUGCUUUGACAAACAAGUUCCUCGGUAAACCAAUAUCUUCAUUGGCUAAUCCCAUGGCACUAUCGGCUUCAAAUUCAGGUCUGGAACUUGGUAUUGGAAGGAAUGGUUAUGGCGGUGGUUCGAGCUCUCUUGGCCCUUCUUUACCUAUGGGGCUUGAUCUCGGAGAUUGUUCAGCAAUGCCUGGUAUUAGAUCACCCAUGGGAAUGAUGGGAAAUAGUAAUGACAUUCAGCUUGAGAGAUCAGUGCUUAUAGAUCUUGCAUUAGCUGCCAUGGAUGAAUUAUUGAAAAUGGCUCAGACAGAUAGUGCUAUUUGGAUUAAGGGUUUGGAUGGAGAGAGGGACAUUUUGAAUCAAGAAGAGUAUGCAAGGUUUUCUUCUUGCAUUGGUCCGAAACCUCCUGGUUUUGUCGCCGAAGCUACGAGAGAAACCGGCAUAGUAAUAAUCAACAGUUCAGCCCUUUUGGAAACUUUGAUGGACGCAAAUCGAUACGCAGACAUGUUUCAGUCUAUGAUUGCUAGAUCCGUAAACCUUGAUGUUUUAUCGGGUGGAAUUGGUGGAACCAGAAAUGGUGCUAUACAUUUGAUGCAUGCCGAGGUUCAAUUGCUUUCACCAUUAGUCCCGGUUCGUCAAGUGAGAAUACUUCGCUUCUGUAAGCAACACGCAGAAGGUGUAUGGGCCGUGGUUGAUGUUUCCGUUGAGAUCGGUCAUGAUGCUAAUUCUCAACCAUUUAUGAGCUGUAGGAGACUUCCUUCGGGAUGUAUUGUUCAGGAUAUGCCAAAUGGUUACUCCAAGGUAACUUGGAUUGAGCAUUGGGAGUAUGAUGAGAGUGUUGUUCAUCAACUCUAUCGUCCGUUGCUUAUUUCCGGUAUUGGUUUCGGUGCUCAUAGAUGGAUUGCCACUCUCCAAAGACAGUGUGAAGGUUUGGCCAUCCUUUUGUCGUCGUCCAUCUCAAGUGACGAUCACACAGCACUGAGCCAAGCUGGUAGAAGAAGCAUGUUGAAGCUGGCACAACGCAUGACGAAUAAUUUUUGUUCCGGGGUUUGUGCUUCAUCUGCGAGGAAGUGGGACAGCCUUCAAAUGGGGACUCUGAGUGACGACAUGAGAGUUAUGACUAGGAAAAACAUUGAUGACCCUGGCGAGCCUCCCGGUAUUGUGCUCAGCGCUGCAACGUCUGUUUGGAUGCCUGUUUCACGACAAAGACUGUUUGAUUUUCUGCGUGAUGAACGGCUUCGAAGCGAGUGGGACAUUUUGUCAAACGGUGGACCCAUGCAAGAAAUGGUUCACAUUGCUAAAGGUCAAGGACAAGGAAAUUGUGUUUCUCUCCUUCGUGCUAACGCUGUUAAUGCUAACGAUAGCAGCAUGUUGAUUCUGCAAGAGACAUGGAUGGACACAUCGUGUUCCGUGGUAGUGUACGCACCGGUUGACGCACAAUCAUUGAACGUGGUAAUGAGCGGUGGAGAUUCUGCAUACGUUGCGCUCUUGCCUUCAGGCUUUGCCAUUGUUCCUGAUGGUAAUAACUCCUCAAGCUAUGGUGCAUCAAAUGAGACUUCACAAAAAGGCGGUGGAGGCGACAAUGGUGGAAGUUUGCUAACCGUCGGGUUCCAAAUUCUGGUGAAUAGUCUUCCAACUGCGAAACUCACAAUGGAAUCAGUUGAUACCGUGAAUAAUCUCAUCGCAUGCACCAUUCAGAAGAUCAAAGCUGCACUUAGAGUUGCAUAACAAAAAAGCAUUUAGAUAGUGCAACUUGGCUUUUGUGAACUUGUUUUUUAGUUCUAUAAAUUUUUUGAAUUGAUGAGAAAAAGGUUAUAAAUUUGGUUGUAUAGGGAGGGUCGCGUAAGAAGGUUUCGAGUCAAGAACGAACCGCAAACAAAGGAACUUGUGGUGAAGAAGCUGUUGUGAGUGCAAACAAGUUUGUCAUGGUUCGGGUAUUGACUCUGUUGACCUGCGAGUUAACAUUGAUAUUCUUAUAUACAUAUUCAGACAUUUGUGUCUGUUUUUAAUGCUGUUCUACGCAGUUGCAACUUGCAAAUUGGAACUCUGCACAACUAUUAUGACUAUUAAUGCAAUUUUCAUAUUUUGGAUUGUUAUUA